AGAAAACUGGAAACUUGAAUGCAAAUCCACUUUCUUUGACGCCACAAAAAUAAAAGUUAAUAGUCUUUCUUGUUUUCUACGAUUUCAAAUUUCCGUGGUCACGGUUUUACACAAAGAACCAAAAUUUGGUACCAAAACGAAACGAAAAAUCCAAAACCCUCGAGCAAGUUUCACAAUAUCGGAUUGUCCUGCUGCUUGUGGAGCAUUUCAGAAGAUGUUGAUGUUUUAGCCGAUUUUAAGAUUAACCCGGUUCCUAAUUUGGGUGGAAUUUGCAAAAUCUUGAGGUUUUGGUGGUGUUUUUGAUCAUGGGUUGGAAGUACAACGCCGGUUUGGGGUUGAUUGGCACGGUUGUGUUCAUCUGGGUCGCUUCUGCAGAGGUUACUCAGAGAAUUUUCAGCAAGUACAAACAGCCAUUUUCGCUCACUUAUCUCGGUGUGUCUCUAAUGGUGGUUUAUCUGCCUAUAUCAGCUUUGAAAGAUUGGCUCUGCAACUUAUUGGACCGAAAUUUAGUUAAGAACUUUUGCAAUGGCAGUGCUCUGUGCACCUCAGUCGGGCUUGAUAUUCCUCUUAGAAUAAAUGAAACCCACGUUCCACAAACAGAUGUUAGAAGCUGCCUAAUAACUGACAAAGAUCUUAGUAACACGGAAGAAGGGCGACCUCUAAUGGAUAAGAGUGAAGAAGAUGAACCUCGCUUGCUUGAACAUAGUCGUCAACUUAGUCCAUGCGAAGUUGCAAAAUUUGGCUUGCUUCUUACUCCGUUGUGGUUUAUCACAGAGUAUCUGUCGAACUCUGCACUGGCAAAUACCAGUGUUGCAAGUACAACUGUCCUAACUUCUUCAUCGGGGCUCUUUACACUUUUCUUUGGAGCUCUUCUUCAUCAGGAUUCCAUAACUAUUGCAAAGAUGGUUGCCGUUUGUGUCACCAUGGCUGGUGUUGCCAUGACCACAGUUGGAAAAACUUGGGCACCUGAUGAACUGCUGAGCAUAUCUGAGAUUAGAAAGCACUCUAUAAUGGGAGAUAUUUUUGGUCUUCUCUCAGCUGUGUCAUAUGGAUUGUUUACGGUGUUACUCAAGAAAUUUGCUGGAUCAGAGGAGAAAGGAGAUAAGGCUGAUGUGCCGAAGCUUUUCGGAUACAUUGGUCUCUUCACUCUGCUUGGUCUGUGGUGGCUCGUGUGGCCGCUCAAUGCAAUCGGGAUUGAACCUUCAUUUGAGUUUCCACAUUCAAAAUGUAUUGCCGAAGCUGUGCUGAUAAAUGGCUUUGUCGGGAGUGUUCUUUCGGAUUAUUUUUGGGCUCUUUCCGUGGUUUGGACAUCUCCAUUAGUUGCAACGCUGGGCAUGUCCUUGACAAUUCCACUUGCAAUGGUAGCCGACAUGGUGAUUCACGGCCGCCAUUUUUCUGCACUCUACAUCAUUGGUUCCAUUCAGGUUUUUGCAGGAUUUGUGAUGGCAAACGUUUCGGACAAGUUCUCGAGCAAGCAAGAGUUGCAGUAGUGAUGCAUAACAAUCUCUAUGAAGUUGUAGCUUGUAUGUUUAAUGAAUACGUCUGUCACAUUUGUAAAGAUAUAAGGGAAGAUCAACUGCCCCUUACAUUGUAUACAACAUACAAACUUGUAUGGAUCUCUCUCUCUCUCUC